GUUUUGUCGAAGCGCCUCCUGUCAAAGGCUGCAAAGGCUAUUAAUAGACAGAUUUAGUUUCUAGUUACCCCAGUUAAGCAGCAACUCUCGGAGGCAUCAUACACUUUCGGUUUCCAGUGCUUUAAAAUGUCUUACGCCAGUCGAUUUGGCUUUGAUUUCCAUUUGCCGGACGAGGGAUGGUGCUAUCCCAAGGAUGACAUGCACUUCAUUCGCAGCGCCGAGUGGGUUCCCGUGGAAAGCGCUGGUGUGGGUCGCUCCUUUGCCAAUCCCAACGGCGUAAUUUACCCGCGUGUGGUUGGCAUGCUACCGCGUUACGGAGGCCAUGUUCCUGGCAAUAUUUUUCGCGUGGGAAACACCUACGGCCGGUCCACCAUCGACGCCAAGCGUCAUUUGACCCUCAACCAUGAUUGAUCUACAACUUAUUAGGUUACAAGAUCAACUAUCACUCAAGCCAAGUCAAAUUUUCUGUGUUAGGCUUACAAAAGCACUUAAAAUAUAAAUUAUAACCGCAUGAAGUUUAUUUAGAUAAUAAAUGGCUUUAAUUAAAUUAAA